AUGGCCACUAGUACAGACAGCACUCAGAACCAAACAGAACUUGAUUACAUGAAAGAUUCAUAUUUAUUUGAUUCACAAGCUGUUGUUAGGCAAUGUGAAACAGUUGAUGGUGGUAAAUUUCAGAUUACUCUUGAUCGUACGAUUUUUCAUCCUCAAGGUGGUGGUCAACCAUAUGAUGUUGGUACAAUUAGUAAUGAUGAUGCUGUUUUCAAUGUAAAUGAAGUGCGUAUGAAUCCUCAGGGGAUCGUCAUCCAUACAGGUGAAUAUGAACAUGGCACUUUAGCUCCUGGACAAACGGUCAAUUUACAUGUGGAUGAAGCGCGUCGACGUCUCAAUUGUCGAUUACAUUCAGCUGGUCAUCUUCUUGAUGUUGCUGUACGAAAUGCAGAAUUAUCAUUAGUUCCAGGAAAAGGUUAUCAUUUUAUUGAUGCACCAUAUGUAGAAUAUGACGGUAAAAUUGAACCAGCUCUACGUGAAUCAUCCUUAAAUCGUAUACAAAUAGAAUUGAAAAAGUUGCUUACUAUUCCAUUUCCUGUCAAAGUCAUUUUUGAAAAUACUGACAAUGGUGAUCCAAUUACUUAUUCAGUAAAACGACAGGUUAGUAUAGCUGAUGGUUAUACAUGUCCAUGUGGUGGUACACACGUUCACAAUAUUCGUGAUAUUGGAAAUGUUGAAGUUACAAAACUUCGUGUUCAAGGACCCAAAACGAGAAUUAGUUAUAAACUUGAAACUAAUUGA